UUUUACUCCCGAUCUAUCCCACGUUUAUAUUGUCUAGUCUCCGGAAUCAAUACCUACCUAGUUUACUAAUCAACCAUCAAAUGCAGCAAUAUUUGGUCAAAAAGGAUGGCGUCUUCUGACAAUGACCAAUCUCUACCACAAUCCCCUCACUGGUCAACUAAUUACCAAGGCUCCCGAGCUUCAAGGAAAAAUUACUCAGAAGAAAUUACCGAAGAGCAAAAUUGUUCUGUAUGGAUAACUUAUCUUCCAGCUGGGUGCGAUUCUGCAAUGCUUUGCCACUCUCUCAGAGGAACAGGAAAAAUCUACUCGAUGUUCAUAAACCCUCCGAACGACCAGCAUCGUACUUCAGCUGCAAAAGCGGUCUUCUGGGACCAUCUAGGAGUGAACAGGCUGAUGCAUACUGUCGAAUCGGGGCAGUUCAGAGUAGGCUAUAACCGACCCCGAGUGAUACCGCACCGAAUAAAAGUCAGCGCACAAGUCCCGUCAAAAAGAUCCCGUGUCAUAGAGAUCAGUGGACCGAUGGAAAUUGUAAACCGCGAUUUUCUGAACGCUUUCUUUCUUGAAAAGUUCUGGUUUGGCGUCGAGAGUGUCCAGACGAUAGGGAUCUACGAGGGGCUAUCGAUCAUGAAGUGGAGCUUCUGCUGUUACCGCUGCCAAAGCCAAUACGCAGUUCAUCAUAUAUUCGACCAAAAGCGUCGUCAAGAUCUCACUGACAUCGAGCGGCGUUUCUGGUCUCAGGUUUACGUACGAUGGUUGGAGGACCCAUGUGCCUAA